AUGUUGCGAACAUCGCUUCGGUCUGCCAGGGUACUAGGCGGCAGGUCCGGUGCGGCCUCCGCCACCCGUCAAUGGCCCAUCGCGGCCUCGCGGCGAGCCGUCGUUCUGGGCCAGCGAUCCUACGCUGUCCAGAACAAGCCCGACUCUGACCCUACGAAGCCCGCCGUGCUCCCGACCUCCGAGACUAUUAUAUCUGAACGAGCUAAGACUAUCGACGAGGUCAAGGCCGCGACCAAGCCCCCCUCGACGCCGCCCACGCCACCUCCGAAGAAGAAGGGUUUCUUCCGCAGGCUGAGGAACUUUGUCUACACUCUAAUCCUCCUGGGCGUUGUUGGGUUCGCUGGUGGUGUCUGGUACUCGCGCAUUAGCGACAACUUCCACGACUUCUUCACCCAGUACGUUCCCUUCGGAGAGCAGGCCGUUCUGUACCUCGAGGAGAAGGAAUUCAAGAAGAAGUUCCCCAAUACUCCCCAUUCUUCUUCCAAGGCUCGGGAUGCGGACGCCGCUGUUAAGAUUCCCGCUCAGAGCGGUGCCUCUUGGAGGGUCGCGGACCAGACCCGUCGCUCCAGUGCUGGCCCUACCCACCAGGAGCCCAAGCCAGAGAAGGCCCCCAAGCCGGCUGCCCGUAAGCCCAAGCCUGCGGAGGCCGCGCCUGCUCCUGUUGCGGUUGUCGAGAAGGCACCCGCUGCCCCGGCCCCUCAGCCCGAGCCCGCUUUCAAGGCCCCCGAGGUCAACGAGCCUUCCAAGUGCCCACCUCUGAAACCAAUUGAUCUCCUUUCGUUGGCCGAUGCCAGGGAGCCCGUUAUCCAAGAUCUUGUCCACAUGGUGAACGACCUUAUCCUCGUUAUCAACGCCGAUGGUGCUCAUGGUCGAUACUCCUCGUCAGUGAACAAGGCCAAGAAUGAGGUUACCAAGGUCGGUGGUAAGCUCAAGGCGAUGAAGGGUGAGCUCGAGAAGAAGGCUGCUCGUCAAGUCCGAGACAAGAUCGAUGAGUUCGACAAGGCCGCUACUGAUUUGAUUGAUCGGGUUGAGGCUUCCAUGGUCACCCAGGAGAUGCAGUGGCGCAAGGAUUUUGAGGAUGAGAUGAAGAAGGUCCGAGAGAACUACGAGGACAGGGUCAAGACUCUGCUGGAGCGUGAGCAGAAGCUCAACGAGCAGAAACUUCAGAACCAGCUCCUCGAGCAGGCUGUCGCUCUCAAGAAGGAUUUUGUCAAGGAGGUCCAGGAGCACGUUGAGAAGGAGCGUGAGAGCCGUCUGGGCAAGUUGAACGACUUGUCGGCGGCUGUUGCAGGCCUGGAGAAGCUCACCACCGGAUGGAACGAGGUCGUUGACUCUAACCUCCAGACUCAGCAGCUGCACGUCGCCGUCGAGGCUGUGCGCGCUAGCCUGGAGGAUAGCCAACACCCUCGUCCGUUCAUUAAGGAGCUUGUUGCUCUUCGGGAAAUUGCUGCUGACGACCCCGUCGUCAACGCUGCCAUCGCAUCGGUGAACCCUACUGCCUACCAGCGCGGUGUCCCUACUUCCUCUCAGCUUAUUGACCGAUUCCGCCGCGUCGCCAACGAGGUCCGAAAGGCCUCGCUGCUUCCCGACGAGGCGGGUGUGGCCAGCCAUGCUUCCAGCUGGGUUCUGAGCCACGUCAUGUUCAAGAAGCAGGGUCUUGCUGAUGGUGACGACGUGGAGAGCAUCCUGACUCGCACCCAAACGUACCUUGAGGAAGGCGAUCUGGAUUCUGCGGCGCGAGAGAUGACUGGCCUGGAUGGUUGGGCCAAGACUUUGAGCAAAGACUGGCUCGGUGAGGUUCGCAAGGUGCUGGAGGUUCAGCAAGCUCUUGACGUCAUUGCUACGGAGGCGCGACUACAGAGCCUGCGUGUGGAUUAA